AUGAUAUCUGACGAAGAGGAAACCAUGGAGGAAAUCCAGCUCAACAAUGAAGCAGGAGAACACCACCAAGACCCUCCCAAUGCGAGCAUCUUGGCGGUACUGAUCGACCCUGUUGAUCCCAUGUGUGAUAUUCUUAGUUGGAACUGCCAAGGAGCCGCGUCGAGUGGUUUCAGACGUGCGCUCCUCUUUCUUGUUAAAAAAGUUAAAGCGGAUAUUGUAGGCCUAAUGGAACCGAGAAUCUCGGGAGGGUCUGCGGACAAAGCUUGCAAAAGCUUUGGUUUUGAUAAUUGGAUGAGAGUUGAAGUUGUGGGCUUUAGCGGGGGUAUGCGUCAAUGGAUUUUUAAGGAAGGAUUAAUUGACUUAGGUCUUUUUGGUGCCAGGUUCACUUGGACGCGAGGAAGAGAAAAGAAUACCUUCACGGGGGCCAGACUCGACCGCGCGUUGUGCAACCUUAGUUGGAUUUCGCGACACCCAGGUACCAAUGUUUCUCAUUUGGCACGUUUCUGCUCUGACCACUCGCCCAUCCUUAUUGACACCACGAGCAACGCUAAAAAUGGGAGGGCUUUUCCUUUCCAGUUUCAAGCAGCAUGGCUUAGUCACAAGGAUUUCUCUAAGGUGGUCAGCACUACAUGGGAUACGAAAAAAAACAUGCUGGAUAAUAUUUCUAAUAUGCAGACGAGAUUUGUGGAUUGGAUUAAAACUGACUUUGGCAAUAUUGAAAGGAGAAAAAAUAGACUAAUGGCAAGACUUGAUGGAAUUCAAAAUUGCUUAAGUAAUCAACCCUUCAACGGGCUCAUUCGUCUCGAAAGAAAGUUGCGUUUGGAUUUGGAGGAAACUCUUCAUCAAGAAGAGAUAAAAUGGUACCAAAAGUCCAAGGAAGAUUGGAUUUGCUCGGGUGAUUUGAACAUGAAAUUCUACCACGCCGCAACAAUGGUCCGCCGUGCCAAGAAUAGAAUUCAUGGUCUUAAAAAUGACAACGAUGAACGGUUACAGAAUAAGGAUCAAGUUGAGGCCUUAGUCUAA